AUGCGACGCCAAGGUGGCCGCGUCGAUGCAGGGAGGAAGCGUGUUGGCGAGCACCAUGACGGCAGCUUCGGCGUGUACAUGUCGCACAAGGUCCAGAAGCUCCGCAACCAGAACGAGAGCUUCACUGCGGCGGCGUCACCUGAUCGCGCACCUAGUGGCAGUAAAUCUGGCAUCUUCCAGGGCAUUCAUGUAUACGUAGACGGGUAUACAAAGCCCAGCAAGGAGGAAAUCCGGCAGCUUAUGUUGCUGCAUGGCGGCGGGUUCGAACAUUACGACACAGGUCGAGUGACGCACCUUGUCGCAACUCAUCUCCCGGCGUCUAAACUACUGCAACUUCAGAAGGCAAGGAAGCCGCUGCCAGUCGUACAUCCAGACUGGAUCGUACAGAGCAUCGAGCAGAACAAACUCCUACCCAUACAGUCGUUCCUGUAUGCAGGCUUCACUGAUCCCACACAAAACAGCAUCUUCAGUUUAUCCGGAUCGGCAACUCAAGCUGAAGACAAAGCAAGCUCUGACGCUGUCUUCGAUGUGCAGGAAGACCCUCCAGCGUUUCCACCGCCAAGUAAGAAUUGCUCCACUACGUCGCUUAAGUUGCGCACCAAUUCCACCAAAGAUGGCCCCGAUUUCGUCCGCCACUUCUUCGCCAAGUCUCGACUUCACCACAUCGGCACGUGGAGAGCAACAUUCCAACAGAAAGCAGCCGAGUUCCAAGCCCAAUACAAAGGAGGCCCCGUAACUAGAGCCUCAGCGACGUCUAGUGAUCGCGUAAUCCUUCACGUAGAUAUGGACUGCUUCUUCGUUGCUGUGGCUGUGCGAGACAAGCCAGAGUUACAGGACGUUCCCGUUGCUGUUGCGCACUCGAGCAACGCUGGGUCGUCCGAGAUCUCGUCGUGCAAUUAUUCAGCGCGAGCCAAAGGAGUGGGUGCAGGCAUGUUCAUGCAGACGGCGAAAGAGCUCUGUCCCGAAUUAAUUGUCCUCCCGUACCAGUUUGACGAUAUCCAACGUGUAUCGUUCCAGAUUUAUGAUAUUUUCUUCUCCCACACUCCGUAUGUACAAGCAGUGAGUUGUGACGAAGCGUUCCUUGAGUUCGAGAAAGGAACGAAGGGUAUGGAGAAGGCAAAUGCCAUAAGACAAGAGAUUUUCGAGCAGACCGGAUGCCCUGCAAGUGUUGGAGUGUCGUUUAAUAUUCUACUAGCAAAAUUGUCUUCUAAAAAGGCCAAACCUGAUGGAGUUUACGCAAUCAGUGACCCGAGUCAAGCGAAAGAGUUCAUGCUGCAACUUAAGGUCCGGGACUUACCAGGAGCUGGACACAUGACAGCUGCAAAGCUCGAAGCGUUGGGAGUUGAAGAUGCUCGCCAACUAGUCUCCAUGACGAGAACUGAACUGGUGCAAUCACUCGGUAAAGCGGCGGGGGAAAGGCUGUUUAAUUACGCUCGAGGCGUCGACAUGCGUCCGCUGUCGAUGGAGUCCAAUAUGAUGCGGAAAAGUGUGUCAGCUGUCGUGAAUUUCGGGAUUCGAUUCGACAAAUGGGAAGACGCGACUGUGUUUUUGAUGGCGCUAGGCGAGGAACUGAGUCAUCGUCUUCGGAAUUUAAAGGUACGGACGAAAUGUCUGACGUUAUUGAUCAAGAAACGCGCGGAAGGAGCUCCGAUUGAGCCGUCGAAGUUUAUGGGUCAUGGCGUUUGUGAUAAUUUCUCAAAAAGUCAAAUUUUAGCUCAACCCACAGACGACGAGGUUGUGAUUGGUAAAGCGUGUAUUGAGCUCCUUCGGCAACUUAAUUUCCCAAGUGAAGACCUUCGUGGUGUCGGCGUACAAGCGACAAAGUUAAUCUCGGAUGCUCCAAGUAAAAAAAAAAGUGGCCAGCUGUUCAAAGCGUGGCUCGAAGACUCUGCACAACAAUCAGGGGACACGUCGUCGAUGCAAGAACCCGAAGAGUGUGAAGCAAAAACUGAGAAUGAACAAAGCACGAGUGACUUUGCAGUGACAAGGUUCUCGCAGAUUAACAUGGGGGUGCUGGAAGAGUUGCCUGAACAACUUCAGCGAGAGAUCUUAGCUUCGUAUGGCCGAGGUGUGCCGUCCGCUGCUGCUCAAGCGAAUCGACAGCCUUUGCAUAAGCGAAAACCUAAUGGGAAGGCGCCACUACGACGCAGACAACCGGCUAGAAACAUCUUUGACUCCAAGUCGAAUAGCCGAUUAGCACGUAGUGUCCAUACUUCGAGUGGUGGGGAUGGGAAGGAGGACGCACUGAAUGAUAUCCGGCUGUCCCAAGUGGACUCGGAAGUGUACCACUCGCUGCCUCUUACGAUCCGAAGAGAAGUGGAUCGAUACGCGAAGAAACGCAGACCUACGUCAACUGCUGCGAGGCCCAGAGCUCCAUCGGUUAGUAGUCCCGAGCAAGCAGUGAAGAAGAAAUCGACUCCUGUUGUGCUACCAACGAUCGAAGAUUUGUAUGCGAACCUGGUUGAGGGUCUUCAAACGACCGAGCACCCGACUGAUAGCCCUCGAGCACAGUCGGCUGCCUUCGACGCAAUCUACUCGCGUAUCUUGGUCGAGGUGGAGAACCGCGCACUGGAUCAGGUCUUGCGGAUGCUCCGCUUUGUUCGUCGGAAGUGUUCCGGGACUGCCACCCCAGCGCAAUUUGCUGAACAGCUGAAGCGCGGAUUCAAUCAUGUUCUGAACCUUGUGAAUCAGGAUAUACGGCGGUGUUUUAAUGGAGUACUGUCCUUGCGACUAGUGGCUCCACUGGGGUUGAAUUCAACAGCUAAUGUACACCAAUCGAACAUCAGCACCCACCCAAAAUUGGAGAUAGGCGAUGGCAUUCUGACAGUGUAA